UCACUACACGUAGACUCUUAAGUCAGGACAGUGUCGUGCACACGUAAUGCAGUUGGCGAAUCCUAAGUUUCCUCUGGUUGUCAAGAUUGGCCAUGCACAUGCUGGAAUGGGAAAGGUAAGAGUAAGCAAUCACCAGGAUUUCCAGGACAUCGCCAGCGUUGUGUCUAUCACUAGUUGUUAUACAACAACAGAAUCCUACAUUGAUUCCAAGUAUGAUAUCCGUGUGCAGAGAAUUGGCAAUUCCUACAAGGCAUUUAUGAGAACAUCCAUCUCAGGCCACUGGAAAUCCAAUACUGGAUCAGCUGUGGUGGAACAAAUAGCCAUGACAGAGAGGUUCAAACUGUGGGUUGAUGAAUGUUCAGAGUUGUUUGGUGGCCUGGAUAUCGUAGCAGUUGAAGCCAUCCAUGGCAAAGAUGGAAAAGAUUACAUAAUAGAGGUGAAUGAUUCUUCUAUGUCCUUGCUGGGAGAAAACACAGAUGAUGACAGGAAACAGAUCGCUGAUCUUGUGAUUCAAAAGAUGCAUGCUACUCAUCUUGCAAACUCUAUGAGUAAAACUACCUCUGGGUCGAGCUUGCUGGGACCUCCAAACACCUCUAACAAUCCCAGCCCCCAGAAAUCUGGUCCCCAGACUCCAAGUACACCUAAGAGUACAACACCUACUGGCACCCCUCAGAGGAGCCAGUCUGCAACUCCAACUAAGAACACAGUUCAAGGAGGAGCAAUGGCACCUGGGACUCCGCCCCUGCCAACUAAAGUCACGCCCACAGAAGAGGAGGAUACAUUCAAAAAUCUCAAGAAAACAUUUGCCAACAUCUUUGGGGAUCUGUGAAUUGCAGCAAAAGGACUCACUUUGUUUUGUUUUAAAUGUUUGAGAUUGAAAAUUUGAAGAUUUGAACUGGUGGCUAGGUUAUAUUACUAAUUGGGCCAAACAUUACCAAGCAGUCAUUCACAUGUAAUGGAGUGCACGUGAAAUAUUCACAAAAUGAUUUUUAGAAGAAAGACUACCUUCAGCUGCCAAAAAACAAAAACAGUACAAAUUGAUGGAAGCUAGUGUAAGUUAAAUUGUGUCCUACCUUGAUCCCACCUGCAGCUUGGAAGACAUAAACCAAACAAAAAUGAUAGGUUACAGUCAGUAAACUUGUGACUUUGAACCCAAUCACUAUCUGCUGUCUGUAGGACAAUGCCCCCCCCCCC